CGACUUAGGGGCCUGCCGGCUGGCGGGACCGGAGCCGGAGGGGCUGUGGCGCUGCGGGAAGAACCUGCCUCGGGGCAGAGCGUCUGGUUCCGCGAGAGCCCUCCAGCCCGCAUAGCGCCUGGAAGAUAGCGCGAAGGGCUCGGUGGAGAGGAUCGCCUGGUCCCAGAGCCCCGUGGGGCCACCUGUGCCCCCCACCCUCCUGAUGCCUGAAGGAGGGAGGCCGUGUCCCAGCCUGGCGAGUGCAUCCUUUGGAUGUGUUCAGCAGCCUUGCACCCCUGGUAAUGGGACAGCCACGGAGAUCUCAGGGCUGACCAAGAAAUACUGUGGUGCAAAUAGCUAUGGGCAACUUGGCCUUGGCCAUAAGGAAGAUGUGCUGUUGCCUCAGCAACUGAAUGACUUCUGUAAACCCAGGAGUGUCAGGAGGAUCACAGGAGGAGGAGGCCACUCUGCAGUUGUCACAGACGUAGGAGACCUCUUUGUUUGUGGUCUGAACAAAGAUGGGCAACUGGGGCUUGGUCACACAGAGGAUAUCCCAUAUUUUACCCCCUGCAAAUCCCUCUUUGGCUGUCCCAUCCAACAGGUGGCCUGUGGCUGGGAUUUUACCAUUAUACUCACAGAAAAUGGUCAAGUUCUAUCAUGUGGAUCCAACUCCUUUGGCCAGUUAGGAGUUCCUCAUGGACCUCGAAGAUGUGUGGUUCCCCAGGCCAUUGAGCUCCAUAAAGAGAAGGUUGUUUGUAUUGCUGCUGGACUGAGGCAUGCAUUAGCUGCUACAGCGAGUGGCAUCGUGUUCCAGUGGGGGACUGGUUUGGCAUCAUGUGGACGACGGUUGUGCCCUGGGCAGACUCUUCCAUUGUUUUUCACAGCAAAGGAACCAAGCAGAGUGACAGGUCUAGAGAAUUCUAAAGCAAUGUGUGUUCUUGCUGGCUCAGACCACUCAGCUUCAUUAACAGAUGCAGGAGAGGUCUAUGUUUGGGGAAGCAACAAGCAUGGGCAACUGGCUACUGAGGCUGCUUUCCUUCCUGUGCCCCAGAAAAUAGAAGCACAUUGUUUCCAGAAUGAAAAGGUCACUGCCGUCUGGAGUGGGUGGACGCACCUGGUUGCUCAGACAGAAACUGGCAAGGUGUUUACCUGGGGCCGAGCAGACUAUGGUCAACUAGGGAGGAAGUUGGAGACUUACGAAGGCUGGAAACUAGAAAAGCAAGAUUCAUUCGUCCCCUGUUCAAGACUACUGAAUAGCAUGCCUUCAUCUCUGCAUUGCUUAACUGGAGCAACUGAGGUCUCUUGUGGCUCAGAGCAUAAUUUGGCAGUAAUUGUAUCUCUGCAAGGUAAGUAUUAUUAUCCCAGUUUUGCUGAUGUGGAGAUGGAGUUGCAGAGAAAUUAAGAGAUAUACUCAAGAUCACACUGUUCAUGUGUCGUGGAGCCAUAUUUUGAAUCCUGUGAGAGACUUCAGUGCCAAUGAUCAGAUGACCGGACCAUCAAACCAUGCCGGAGGUGAUUUUUUAAUUAUCAUUCUGCCUCUGCCCCAUUUUGUUCAAUACUUCAGAGAAAAAAAAAUACAAAGGUGGCUUUCUCCAUCUGAACCUAUCUGAGUCAGGACAGGAAAGAAUACCCAGGACACAGACCCUUUCCCCAGAGGAGAGAAUACAUCUCUACGUACUGCUGCCCAAUCAUCAAGCCCAGUAGUUGCCAAAAACAAACCAACCACCUGAUUUCCCUGGGCCUGGAGUGUUUCAGAAUCCUCUGCCCCACUUGUUCUGCCAUGUAUUAACUGCAGAGCUGUGGCAAAUUGCAGGGCACUCAUUGGUGAUGCACAGGUGGACAUGAGCUUGGUAACAGAAUGCAGUAAUUGACAUAUCGUGAUUCAUUAUGCACAGCACGAAGGACUCUAGUAGAAGCCCACUUUGUGGCCAAGCGCUGCUGGCACCACCAACCUUGAGAAUUUGUUCCUGGUGCCGUUUUGGCUCUCCAGCUGGAGAGCACCAUCCCUUUAGGGGCCAGAAGCAGUCUGUGUCUUCAGUCUUAUCUGCCUCUACCUCCAGGCAAGGAGUAAGGAUACUUCCGUGGUCCCAGGCUGCAUGACAUUAGAGGGAGAUUAUUUGUUCAUUCAUUCACUCAACAAGCAUUUAAAAAAAUCUGGCCAGGCAUGCAAUGGAGAACAAGACAGAUAGUUCCUGCCCUUGCAGAACUUAAUCAUCUGGUGACUAUCAGAACUAAAAAUUUCUAAGCACCCAAUUCCCAAUUCUGUAGACCUGGAAGUGGGCCCUCUCUGGACGUUAGUUUCUCAUCAAAUGAGUAGAAAAGAGAGAAUUGUAUUGGUCAAUUUCUUUUAGCUCUAAGAUUUCAGAAUCUGUGGUUAUGGAUUAUAAACAUGAGUCACAGUAUCAAUCUUAGUCAUUUGUAUCCAAUGCCAAAGGAAAAAAAAAAUGAAAAUCUCAAAUUUCAAAAUCUGGAUGGGAAACAUGGACACAAGCUAAUUAAAUUACUUCACUUACAAAUGGGAAAAAUGAGGCUAAAAGAAGGGUGUGUCUUGACUAGUAUAUCAAUGAACAGAGCCAGGAUGGAGAGGCCAGUCAGCUGAGCCCAAGUCUUGAGACACCCCAGUCCUACUGAGGCUGCCUCUUCACUCAGCACUGCUGCUGUGCCCCUGUUUGGAACCCUUUCUGCACUUGGCUUUUCUAACAGUGAGCUCUACUGAGUCUUCUACUUAUACCUCUAACCACUGCUUCUGGGCUUCCUUAGCAGCCCCAGGGCCCAUGGCCUGAUGGCCUGAGAGUAGAAAAGGAAGGAGUAGGCUUUGAUAGCUGAGCCCCAGAAGGUAAAUCAAAUUUAACUUUGUUAUGCUAAGGCUGCCAAAACAAAAAGGACAUGAAGAAGUUGAAGCAGAGCAUGUAGAGUUUGCUGACAGAGUUCUCGAACAAACAGUUACAGAGGCAAACCACAGUGAAACAACAAAAGAAGGGAACCUGGUGGAGAUGGCUGCUGAGAAGUUGCUCCAUGAACUCAGAGGCCCUAUAGAACGGCCUACCUACACUCAUGGUCUUAAAGCAAGCUUAUCAAACCCACGGGCAGCAACCUGCAUGUGGCCCAGGACAGCUUUGAAUGCAGCCCAACACAAGUUUGUAAACUUUCUUAAAACAUGAGGGGGUCGUUUUUUGUUGUUGUUGUUGUUUCGUUUUUUUUUAGCUCAUUAGCCAUUGUUAGUAUACUUUUUGUGUGGCCCAGUUCUUCUUCCAGUGUGGCCCAGGGACGCCAAAAGAUUGGACACCUCUGACUUAGAGCCUCUCUAUACCUCUGGCCCAUGUCUGUCUUCUACAUGUAACCAAUGAAAGGAAUCUAAAGUUGGAAGGACAGGGGACCUUUCUGAUGCUCUUGUGAGGCAAAGGGAUUGAGAUCACUGCAGAGAAGUUGGCAACAGGGGGCCCAUCAUGUUUUCAGUGGCCAGGACAUCUCCAUUAUGGAUAGAGGAAGAUGCGAGGCUUUAGCAAAUACUAAAAUGCUUAUUUGUCUAUUGCUCUUUCUUUAUGUCCAUCACAGUCUGGGAACCAGUACCUUGAAGCACUAUCCUUGAUUAAUUUAUAAUUUUCUGCCCUAUACUGACUACCUAGGAAAGAGGUGGUCAGAGGUAUGAGAGGGUGAAAAUACUGUUCUUGAUUAUGGAAACCUAUAUCCAUUCUGUGUGUCCAUGGAUAAUUUUAGUCUUCUAAAUUGAUUUGUUAUUUUCCAUGCCUUAUUUUUAUAAAGUCAUUUUUCAGUAAACAUAUAACAUUGUCAAGAGCUACCUAAUCCAUGUACAUAAAAUGUCAUGUGAAUGUAUAAAUGUAUAUAUAAUGUAUAAAAAUAAAAUUAUUCUAAUUUUUAAAAA